GAACAGCUUGAAGAGACUCAGAGGAGUGUGGUUGUCCUCUGCCCUGAGCUGCACACCAGGAUCCCUUGAAGGAACAAAGCGCAGUGGUGGUGGAGUGGUAUCUUCCUCACAUUCUGUCUUCCAUGAAAAAUACCGUGCUUUCUUCCCAGCUGGCUCAGACACGGCCCUUUUCAAGACAGUAUAAAGAUGGUGUUGUUGGUAUGAGCAGCACAUGCAGCACAACACAAAUCAACAGAUUUAAUCACCAAGACAAGCAAAGCCCAAACAUGAGAAACAUCCUCAUUUGGACACUACUUGCUCCUCUGCUCAUUGCAUUUCAGAAUGAUUGCUGCUGCAAUGCACAACAAGACUUCAAUGACAAGGCAGAUUUCCACCCACCCCAAUCUAAUGCCGCUGACUGGAUGGCAUCCAUUGAAGACAGAAAGCUGAUCUCUCACAUCACCAUCCCUGGGAGCCAUGACACCAUGGCUCGUCACUAUGGCCCAGCCGUGAUAUGUCAGGCCUGGAGACUGAAAGACCAGCUCAUGGCAGGCAUACGCUAUCUUGAUAUCAGGAUGAAUGGUAAUUCUAUCAUAGUGCAUGGACUGUUUGAACAGAAAGCUACUUUUGCUGAUGUGAUAAAAAUUACCCAGGAGUUCCUAAAAGACCACAAGAAAGAAACUGUUCUUCUAAGGGUAAAACCAGAGUGGCCUUCCAAAGGAAGGGUUAAACAGGGAGUUCAAAGAGUGAUUCAAGGUUAUAACAAUAUCAUUUUUACGUCAAACAUACCAACAAUGGGCGAAGCUAGAGGCAAAAUUGUGCUUGUACAGAAGGACAAGUUUGACCUUGGCAUUCCAAUUCACGGUACUGAUAAGAAGGGGGAUUACAAGGUCAUUGAUAUUGGCAAGAAAAAGGAUAAAAUUAUGAUUAAUUUACAAAACGCUUGGAAAGAAUGUGGUAAGGAUCGAGUAAUCCUGUCUUACUCGAGUGGCACAGGAAUUGGCACAAUAAAGGGAAUGUUAUUAACACCUCGUCGUGUAGCCAGGGAAGUUAACCCCUGGCUCCAUCGCUAUCUGGAGGACCUGAAGAAGAAAAUUAUUGAACAGCCAUCUUGUGUUGGAGUCAUUGCUAUGGACUUCCCUGGCUUUGACCUUAUACAAGCUGUGAUUAAGCUAAAUCAUUGAAACAUGCAUAAGCAUAAUUGUGGUCAUUUUAUGACUUAAAUUUCAAGUCUUUGUAUGCUGAAUAAAAAGUUCUCAGUCAGGAGUGUAAACAUACAUAGCAAGUUGCAUGGAGAAUCUAGACAACAUUACCAUUACCAUUACCAUUACCAUUAUUAUUUUUAAACAAUUAUAAACAAGUAAUACAUGGCAAUCUCGCAACUUCACCGAGGUCCUCCGGUUUCGUAUAGGGUUAGCACUUUGUGAUCUUAUAACUCUUUUUUUAUUUUCUUAUUAAUAAACGCAGUCUGCCGUUGACAGUUAUUCUAUAGGGUUGUGACCACAACUUCACGGGUACAUUUGGUUAACAGCAAGAGUAAACAAAACAAGAGGUGCCAAAGCAACACUGCCUCACUGAUCCUCGUAAUCGUAUCGUGAUCGUAUCGUAUCGUAAUAGUAAUUGUAUGCAUAAUGAUGAUACAACACACUUUUUAGUCAGUCAGUAAUGUGUUUAUUAACACAAUUCUUCAAAUGUGUGCGGUCGUCCUAUUUCACCCCCCCCCCCCCCCACGCACACACAUGCAUCAUUCACCCUCUGCAGCUCUUACUCUUACCUCUGAUGCACUUUAAUGCUUUUUGCACUUAUCCUGCCCCCCUCCCUACUACCCCCUUUUCACUGCAUUCUCUACAUUAGUAAUCAUGCAUGUGACAAAUAAUACAUACUUGUAUCCUUGUAUAAUUUAAUUCUUGCCUGGUGUAUCACUUCUGGUGGUCAUAUUGAACAUUAUAUGAAAAAUAGGAGAUAAAAAAUAUAUAGAUAUUGAGAAUUUCUCCAUCUUACAGCCUGCCUAAACACAGAUAAGUAUAAAGUAACUUCUUAAAUAUAGUCACCCCCUUGGAUACUUCCCCUUUUACUGCUUUUAUAAAUGGAAUCUUGAUCUUACUUUUUAAUUUGGCCUUUUGUUUGCAAAAACUAAAUUUAAAUUUAAUUAAAUUAAAAAUGUACAGUUCACAGUUACUUUAGUCUGACAAGUUCUACAGUGGCAAAUUCUUUUUGUUCCUGAUUGGUUCUCGAGAAACGCUCCAUUCUGCUUGAUUACUGAAGAGGUUUUUUAUCUUUUAUUUUUUUUAUCAAAGAUCUGUUCCGGUUUUAUGGUUAAAAAACGGUUCCAUUGUACAGGGUAAGACUCCCAGUCAUGCACAUGAUUUUGUGCUACUGUGUGGUGAAACUGAACGAUAUGAAGGCGUGAAAACAUGCUUAGCGCUUUGUGGCCUAGGCUAUUUUCAAUUUAAUUUAAUUGUAUUAUGUUUACUUUUAAACUUUUGUUAAUUUCAUUGUAGCACAUGCUAUAUCUUGUAUUUUUCUGGACAUAUCUGUGAAAGUAUGAUGUGAUAAUACUUGCAUAUUUAUAUCUAGGAUAAACAAUUUGCAACUCAUGAAUUGUUUUCAUGUUUUUGCAUUCAUGUCUGCCAGUAGAAAUAUCUUUUCAUAUUUGCAUACCGUAAGUGAGAUUUUCUUUUUUUUUUUUUCAAAAAGUUGCUCUGAGACAGUUUUUUUUAUAUUUCUCACAGAGAAACAUAGACAGAAGUAUAAUGUCACUAGGACGGUGUAGUCACUGUCCUUAAAAAGCACAACCAAUUUAGAGGUGUAAAAAUCACAAUGAACAAUUCUACAAUCAUGGGCCUAAAAUGACUUACAAAUAAAUCCCCUCUCCUGUAAAAUGAUGAAUAAAUACAGAUGAUGUUAAUAUGCACUUGAGUCUUUUGCCCCAGAUAUCAAUGCACAAAAAUUGGUCUUGUUUUUCAUUUUAGAGGUGAAUGUAUGAGACAGAAGGAGAAUGAGAGGAUGGAAAGAGCUAAAAAGAGGAUGUUUAUAUCUUGUAUAUGCAUAUAUUGUUUUAAAAAAAAAGAUAUUACAGUUAUAUUAUAUUUAUAUUGUAGGGUGUGUUUCAGUCUUCCCUCUCUCUCUACCUCUCUCUCUCUCUCUC